AUGCCGUCGACCUGCAAAGGUGUUGCGGCAGCACCGGGAGGAGGAGGAGGAGCAGGAGGAGGUGCGGAGCCGGGUACGAGGAGACGGAGCGACGGUCACAGAGGAGCGCAGGGCGGGGAGGAGAGGCGGAGAGGCCUCGGGGUCCAGGAGUGGACCGACGGGGCCAGAUACGAGGGGGGGUUUGAGAACGGGUUCAAACACGGCGAAGGGAGGUACACCUGGAGGAACGGAGAGUUCUAUGAGGGCUCUUUCUACAAAGACUACAGGCAUGGGGACGGACUGUACUGCUGGCCCACAGGCCACAAGUUCACUGGCAAGUUCUACCUCAACAGAAAGGAAGGAUAUGGACAACAACUGUUCCCUGAUGGAGCCACCUUUCAGGGUUUGUACCACGUUGACCAGAGGUUUGGUCCAGGUGUGGUUGGAUAUCUGGAUGGGCGUAAUGAUGUGGGUCUGUGGCUCGGAGACCGCCUGCUAAGGUUCUGUACCUCUGUAGAAGAGGGCUUUAGCCUGAAAAACUUUCCUGAAUAUGCUGCCUACAUGGACUCAGCUGCCAUCACAGAUUCCCUGACUCAGCCUCCCACUAGUGUUCUACAGCAAGAGGCCAGAGCAGACUCUGAGGUGGAUACAGACAGAGAUCAGCUGUCAGAUGAAUUUAUCCUCCCCGCCGGUAUAGAGAGUUACUCAACAGAUGGUGAUCACUUGCCGUUGCCCCCUGGGCGAAGGAAAGAGCUGGAUCAGCACUUCUAUGGCGAGCUGUGGGAGCCAGAUUCUUAUUUGCACCAAGGCUAUGAGCGAGACCCACUCGCCCCCCUGCCCUUACAGCCCCGCAUGCUGGCUCACAUCCACAAACACAGACUACAGGCUGGAAAUGUGGGCUGGGAUGUGGCAGCUGUUCUCGCUCUGAACAGGGAAAGUUUUGGUCCUAAAGGGCCUUUGGAAGUCAGUUCAGAAUUGCUGAUCCAGCACGCCUCCAGGGGGGAUCUGCAGGCAGUGUCACAAAUCCUCCAGACGGGUUUGGUCCACUAUGAUGUAGCAGAUUCACAGGGACACAGUGGACUGAUCGCUGCCACAGUAAACUGCCAUAAUGAUGUAAUCCAGCUUUUGUUGGAUAUGGGUGCCGAUGUUGACAAGUUGAACUGUGAAGGCAUGUCUGCCCUGGCUGUGUGUCAUGUCCUCUACUACCCUUUUCAGUCUCUGAACACCACUUUGGCUGAGACACCCUCCAAAACGCAAGAUUUGAGGUCUCCAUCUGUGUGUGGGAACAGUCCCCAGAUCAGCCAAGUGGACUUCACCACAGACACACCCAGGACAGCAGAAAAACUAACAGAGCACAUCUUACAUCACAGCAGUGUUGGGUCUAAUAACAGUGAGCAGUGGGCUGGAAUUAAUGAACCUGAGACUCCUACAGACACUGGAGACCUACAGGAGGAGGAGGGAAACGAGAAAGAGGGAGAAGGAGAAGGAGAGGAAAGUGACGGCAAUGAGACGGGAAGAGAGGGAAAGGUUAAAGAGAGGAUCAGAGGAGUGGAUGACAGCAGAGGGGAGGAAAGAGAGAUGGAGAGCAGAUGUGAUCAAACAUGGGAAAAUGGAGAAAGUGAGGUGAAAGAGAUGCAAAGAGAAUUUAAGAAGAGAGAGGAAGAUGUGUGUAGUGGUGGAAGAGAAACAGGGUCAAGAGAAGAGAAUAUUCAGGUGAGGGAGGAGGAAGAGGAAGAUGCGGAGAAUAGAGUAAGGAAUGAUCAUGAGGAGGAUAUGAAGGAGAGAGAAGAGAGAGGAAGUGAGGACGUGCCUGGUGUGGAGCGCUUCAUUCAGGUGUUGGAUGGUCACAUUGCACUGGGCAGCGUACAGUGGAAGGAACGUCGUGCUAAGGCAGCAGGAAGAGAUCAGCAGGGCAAAGGCAAAGAACUGACCCAAAAACCGACCUUUGACUCCGCCUGCUCCGUCAGCAGCUAUACCAUCCAGGUCACGGAGGAAGUGAUGCAGCGCUCAGCAGAGGCACUGAGUCGCACCGGGUUCCCUCAGCGCUCCGACACACAGGAGACUGUACGCAAAAUGGCUGCCAUGAAAAUUGAACACCGUGUUCGUUUGAACACCCUGAAACUGUUAUUGGAACGGGGAGCUGACCCCAACGCAUCCAGGGUCCCCAUGCCUGUUCUCUUUUUAGCCAUUAUGGCGGCCGACACUGAGGCCGUCAGGAGACUUCUGCUGUGUGGAGCUCGCACUGAUAUUCCCCUUCCUCCUGAGAGGAAAGGUCUUUAUCCCCUACAUGUUGCUGCAGCACUGCCAGGUCCAGCAGGUCCCAGAAUCACAGAGUUACUGCUCCACGCUAUCACUGACCCAGACGCACGGGCAUGCGACCAGAAUGAGAUCUGUGAACAAGAUAAGAUUUUCAUGAAGGCCCAGGAAUCAGUGAGCACCAAUGAUGACCUAAAUCUCAAAGAAGGAGGCCGAACGGCCCUGCACAUGGCCUGCCAGAGAGACAGUGACUAUCAGAAUGCCAGCAAGGUGGUAGCCCUCCUGCUCUCCCACAGAGCCAGCACAGACCUCCUCUGGAGUGGACACUCACCUCUGUCCCUGGCUAUAGCAAGUGGCAAUGACCUGGCAGUGGAGGAGCUGUUGAACGGAGGCGCCGAUCCCAACAUCCCCCUGGGCAACAGGGUGGGAAGCGCCCUCUGUGCCCUAGCAAACGUCAACUACCACUUAGGUGGCAACAGAGCUAAGCUGUUGGGGAUGUUAGCUGAGGCUGGUGCCGACAUCUUGAUGCCAGUAAUGGUGGGUGACGUUGUGGGAACCGCAGUCGACUAUGCACACUACUCCUUCAAACAGGACUUGCGUAUUGCCAACACUCCCUUCCACGCUCUGAACAAUCUGGAGAGGGAAACAUUCAAAGCACGGCGCCAGCUGCUGAGCAUGAUGGGAGAUCUGCUGAGACAGAUUGCUGGCCAGAGAAUAAAAGAAGAUUUAGAGAAUGAACAACGCCUAAAGUCGAAUAGUCAUAGCACAGAGAGGUUUGUUUACACAGAUGCAGGGGCCAUUUCUUCGAACCAGUCCCUCCACAGCUGUGAAAGUGUAUCACUGCAAACAGAAAAGCAGAGGAAACCAGCGUUAAAUUUCUGCUAUCAAUGCGGUCGCUCCGUGUCCAUGAAGCUGACCGCAUGUAGCCGCUGCCGCAAGGUCUUCUAUUGUUCCAGGAACUGCAAACUGAAAGCCUGGGAUGAAAGACACAAGGGAGAGUGUAUCCGGGUGACAGCAUCUGCUGAUGGAAUCCAGAAGAGUGUUGUGUUUAAAUCCCCAAGAGGCAUCCCCAAGCCCUUGACUGUCAUGUUGAAGUCCAAAACAGUCCCCAAGCCCUUGCGUGUCAACUUGAAAUCCCAGAGAGACCCCAAGCCCAUGAGCAUGGCAGAGAAGGUCUUGGAGAGCCAAGUCAACCUGAAGGAGAACUACAGCUGCAACUGA